AUGAGCGAACACACUCUCGACUGGGUCCGAGACAAGGCGAUCGGCUGGAGCCAUACACCUCCAAGGAAUAAGAUCGACACCCACCAUCAUUGUGUACCUUCAUUCUAUGCAAAGGCGGUUGAAGAGCAAGGAGGGGAUCCGAGUGGUUGGCCAACUCCUCAUUGGAGUUCGCUGGCUUCCAAGCUGCUGAUGAAGCGCGUGGGAGUUAAAACGGCAGUCCUUUCUGUGACAGCUCCAGGUGCUUGUAUAAUGCCAAGCCGUUCGGAACGAUCGCAGCUGGCGAGAAAGUUGAACGAAUACUCUGCCGAGCUUCGAGACAAAGACCCAGAGAGCUUCGCCUUUUUCGUGUCAUUGCCCAACAUUCUUGACACCGAGGAUGCACUGGCGGAGAUUGCAUACGGAUUAGAUACUCUCCAUGCCGACGGGGUCACACUCUUCACUCGAUACGGCUCCACCAACACCUAUCUUGGUCAUGCUGAUGUUGAACCCAUUUGGGCUGAACUGAACAGGCGAGGCUGUGUGGUUUUUAUUCAUCCAACUCACCCCGUCGAUACAAACCCCGUGAAUUCAAGGCUACCGCAGCCGUCCAUUGACUAUCCUCAUGAAACAACACGCACAGCCAUGGACAUGAUCACCAACAAAACGCGACUCAAGUAUCCCCGCUGCAAAGUUAUACUGUCCCACGCAGGCGGAGCUCUACCAUAUAUCAUCUCGCGCGUGACGACUCCUAUGAGCAAGGCACCAGACUUUGCAGUCUCCCAUCGUAUGGGAAUAACACACGACCAAGCAAUGGAAUCAUUCCGUAGCUUCCACUUCGAUUUGGCCUUAAGUGCGUCACCGCAAGUCCUGGAUAUGCUGUUGAAGAUGGUUCCCCAUGACCAUAUUUUGUACGGGAGUGAUUUCCCCUAUGCGCCGAUAACCGCAUAUCCGGCUUUUCUUGAGGCGCUGGAGUCGUAUGAAAUGGAUCCGGAGUUGAGGGAUAUGAUCAAUUUUGGGAACGCGAUGAAGCUAUUUCCACGGUUGUCGACCCCAAGAGGCGGCAGUUUGUAG